GAAUCAUAUUCUUACUUCUUUAUUCUCUUGAUAAGACCUUUAACCCCUUUACUCUCACAUCACAUUGAUCGAUUAAAUAUCAAGCAUUCUAACCAUACUUUAAUCAUUUGAUUCGAAGAAAACCUAGUUAAAUAUCUUACAUUUGAUCAAGAUCUCUUAAAGUAAAUGACCACAAAAACUUGAACUUCUUUCGGGGUUAUUACUCUUUUAUAUCUUUUACUUUCUUGGCUAUACCCAUUCAAAAUGGGCAUGGCGAUAUCACGAUACGUAAGGAUGUUGUUUGCAAAGAAGGAAAUGAGGAUUCUUAUGGUAGGACUCGAUGCUGCAGGGAAAACCACCAUUCUUUACAAGCUUAAACUCGGAGAGAUUGUUACUACAAUUCCAACUAUUGGUUUCAAUGUGGAAACCGUGGAGUACAAGGAUGUUAGCUUUACGGUAUGGGACGUAGGAGGACAAGACAAGAUCCGACCCUUGUGGAGGCACUACUUUCAAAACACGCAAGGCCUUAUAUUUGUGGUUGAUAGCAAUGAUCGAGAUCGAGUUACAGAAGCUAGAGAUGAGCUUCAUCGCAUGCUCAAUGAGGAUGCGCUUCGUGAAGCAACGAUACUUGUGUUUGCCAAUAAACAAGAUCUUCCAAAUGCUAUGAGAGUUUCUGAACUUACUGAAAAACUUGGUCUUCAUUCACUACGCCAUCGCCGUUGGUAUAUGCAAAGUACAUGUGCAACAUCCGGUGAAGGACUCUAUGAAGGCCUUGAUUGGCUCUCUAGCAACAUUUCUACUAAGGGGUAAGUCAUCAAUGCAAUGCAAAACUCAACGAAUCUCUCAUCUGCCCCUUCCCAUAAAGUUACUUACCUACUCAUAUUCUUCCAUAAUUAUGUAAUUUCGUAUAUUUGUAUUAUGAGUGUACCCUUUGCAUCAAAACUUGUACUUAUACCGUACUGGAUUUUAAACUUUAUAAAAUCGAAAAAGAAAACAUAAUGAUGAGUGGUAUUUGUACAUAUAGUCAACAAUACAAAUUAAUUGUCUAAUACAAUUGUAUUAUCGUGGCCACACAUAGGGAAAGUACAAUUGUUGGAGAGUCAAACAACACCAUGGUAUAGAGUUCUAUUAUGUUGUACCUAUAAUUGUAUUAUGGAGUUGUUUGAUAGUCUAUAACAUAAUCAAACUUGAUUGAUAGUCG